UUGCAGAUUGUAGCAGCGUACGGCUCUAUAGCGGUGUGGUUAAAUGCUGCACCAAUUUUGGCUGAAUGCGAGAGUGUCUUGAAUACCGUAGCUGAAGUGGUGCAGUUAGGAGUCACAGGCACAAAGAAGAAAGAUUGUUCCCUCGAGGAAUCUAAGGCGGCCAGCAAGCGUGUGCUAGAUGCCGCGGAAUAUUUGAUGUAUUCGCUGUUUUCCAUGGUGGGCCGAAGUGGCCAAGCUAUUUGUGACGAGCGUCGACUUCUGUACAUGUACGGACCAGCCGCCAUCGAUACCACUAAGUUUCUGCAUGUUUUGGUGAAUGGAGAUACAUUAUUGUCGUUGCACGAAGCAUCUCACAUAACAGCAUUAGCUGAUGGAUGUCCAUGUGUCAUAUAUGUGAGGCGAUCGCCAAUGCAGCCUGCUUCAGCCGGUGUAGCACGUCUUCGGCCGCAUCCAGAAGGGUACCGGCCUGACCAGCAACCCCCUCCCACUCCAAUGACAAGCACUUUUGAAAAUGUGAAGAAAGAUCUUGUCUCUUUGAAACCUUCGGAUGCAGUAUCGAUGGUAUCAUCCUCUACA